UAGAAGAUAUCCAAAACCAGCAACACAUCUCUCUCAUUCUAUACCAACUUAACCACCCAGAGUUUGAUACAUUAACCUUCAAAAUUAGACUCCAACAACUACAGAAUGCAGCCGCAAUCGCACAAUCUAUUCUUCAACAUUAUAACUACAUAAUAGCACAACCCGAACAUCUCUCACUCUCAGCUCAGAUACUCAAAA